AUGCGUCUCGCGGUCGCCCUCGUCCUCGUCCUCGUCGCGAUCACGUGUCGGUGGUUCCUCCGCGCGAGGCGAACGUCGCCGACGACGCCGACGACGCGGACGCUGGACCCGCGGGCGACGUGGACGCGCGAGGACGUCGCGCGACACGCCGACGCGGACGACGUCUGGGUCAUCAUCGACGACGUCGUGUACGAUCUCACCGAGUACGUGCACGAACACCCCGGUGGGGUGGAGGCGAUCUUGAAGAACGCGGGCGGGGACGCGACGAAAGGGUUCAAGGGGCCGCAGCACCCGAGUCGGGCGUUCGACGUCGUGGAGGAUUAUCGAUGCGGCGUCUUGGCGACGCGCUGA